AUGACGAUCGAGACGGAACGUGAUCAAAACGUAAGUACGAUUGUACGCCGCGCGCCGGUAACAAUUAACAAUCGAAUCUUUUAUCUAAUCACGAGGAGAAACAAAACGCCCUCGAUGUUGUCGCCGGGAGUCGGGACACAACAAGGGAAGCCAUGCGUCAGUAUUCCAGCCACUCUUGGAGACAAAGGAUCAAUAAAUAAAGAGGAACAUGUUCCCUGCUUCGAGCUGAUUCUAUGGAUUCUCGAGAAAGCGAGUACAAUAAAGGCGGCCUUAAUUCUAUCUUUCAUCUCAGCUCCGAACUGA